CAUUUACCGUAUUAGGAUAACCACUUAAGAUGAACCAUUUACUGAUAGUAGGGGCAUUUCUUGCCGUGUGUAUGUCCACACUGGCCCAAGACUCCCCCAAGAAGGACAAGGAAGCAUGGCACCGGUCAGAGUUCCCCCGUCCACAAAUGAGAAAUGAGACACGAUUGUGUGGCAGGAGAAAUAAGGCAUCUUCGUGGGUUUGUGAUCCAGCAAACAUUAUCUCAUAUGAAGAAGCUAACCAGCUUGAUGUUCUGAUUGGUCAGACCCGUAAUGGUACCAAAUGUCCAUGUAGUGAAUGGGAGUGUAUACGGAACAAACUUGGAUACACUAUAUCUGUUGCCUUGGUUCCUGCUAUAGAAACAGACAAAGACGCAGAUGAUGAUGUGCACACAAGGCUGAAUGAUGGCAAGUUAUUUGCGAGUAUUCUAGAAAUUAGACGUUGGAACUAUGGUAGAUGUGAGGAGGAUAUUGUCAUAUUCUAUUCCCUGAAUGACAACGUGUUGUACACAUCAGUGGGAGGGACAGCAUUUAAAGUACUCAACCACAAUCUGAUCACUGAGAUCACCAUGGAGGCGAGUAACUACUUUGGACCAAAUCGUGACAUUGCUAGGGGUCUCAGGCAUAUCAUAAGUGGCUACAGGAAUGUGUUCCUGGGACGUUACUACAGUACUAAACAAGGAGGUGGGGGUGGUCCAAGAUCAGGCCAACAGACUGCUGGUGGGGCACAAGCCAUACAAUCUCAAACAUUUAUGAUCACAUCUCUAGCAGCAGUAACAUUAACAGCACUUCUUUACACGCAACAUUAAAAUCAAAAUUUACUCAUCCUCAGAUAGAUACCCCCAGGGUACCUUUGCAAUGACAAUGAGUAUCACAGGUCUAAGAGUUUUAUAGAUCUAUCCAACUCUUGUACAUUAGGUUGUAAGAAUAUUUUGCUAUGAAUAUUUUGUUUUUUGUUAGAAAAAUACAUGAGUAAUACAAUGUGCAUCAUUGGAGAAUAUUGUAAGAGAAUUUGGCAAGGAUAGGUGUGAACAUGAUCAAAUAUUGCAUUUAAUAUUUUGCAGAAUGAUAUUUUGGAAAUAGUGUCUGAAGAUAUUAUGAAUAAAAAGAAAAAUCGAAAUAUCCCAAUAUAAAAUGCUUUUAUAUCACCACUCUUAGCUUGUUUAAGCAUAGACACCAUUGUGGCUUUGUAAUGGGAUAGAGAAGAUUCUCACAAUGAGAUCUAGACCCAGAAUGUAUUAAUCAAAUGCUGAUGUCCAAGGAUCUUUAUCAGGUAUCCUUCUAUUCUUUGUAAAACCAAAAGCUUUCAGUGUACUCAGGUGGAUCUCAUUGCUUGAGUCGCUGGUGUAUUUAAAAAUAUGUAAAUAUCAUUAUCAGAAAGGUGCUUAAAUAGUAUAGACUCAUGAGAAGGAAAUGCUUGUAAAAUAUAUCAAUGUACAGUUCUCCUAUAUGUUUAUUAGUUAAUAUAUUUUUUAUUAUAUUCUUUGUAUAUU